GUCUUUCUCGACAGAACCCAUCCAUCACCCAUCCGCCCACCAUGCCCAUCAAGGCCCUUUCCAAAGUCCACAAGCACAUUGCCAAGAAGCGGGGCGCCGUCCAGGCUCUGCACGAGUUCAGCAGAGAUGCGAGGAGACUGCGCAAGGCCAAUGCCCGUGAUGAUCGAAUCACUCGUGUCUCGGCCAACAUGUCGCGGGGCAGACAGACCUACGUCGACCGCAUCUCCUACUUCUACGAAGCUAUCCCCGAGGACGCCGGCGCCAUGUCGGAGGAUGAGAUGAAGGAUCUAGUCAUCAGAUAUAUCAACCGCAGCGUGCCCGAGAUCGAACAACUACAGAGCGAGCGCCGGAAAGGCAGGCCGCCCAGCAAGCGGGAGGAGGCGCUGUUGCAGCGGACCGAUGUCGAGAACAAGGAAUUCAAGACCGGGUUUUGGAUGCCCGACUUCAGUGAGGUAGAUGUGGUUCGGGCCCUGGCCGCAUGGAACGGCGACUGGUCCGGACUGAGCACGAUGAAGUUCAUCCGGAUCACCAAGGAAGGAGGCAAGCAGGUGUCGGCGUUCCCGCCCAAGGGAAUGUCGUAAAAAAGUUCUUUUUCUGGUUCAAUUGUUUUUUGUUUUGGCAUGGAAAGACAGGAUGGAGGGAUCCGCGGAAGUGUCGGGCAUAACGGCGUUACGAUUGCACAUAGAUAAUUUCAAAUCUGCAUUUGGAUGGUUUCCU